AAGACGACCCCCGCAAGACGUCACGAUCUCGGGUGUAUUUUAGCAGUAAAACCCCUUCCUUUCAUCUUUUCCGCCGUGUGAACAUCCAGACCAAAAGCACCCCUCUUCCUCACAGGCACAAGCUUUUCGUCACUUUCAAAAGCAAAUUAAAGACAUGUUAUACCAGCUCCUGGGGACGGCGAGCAAGGGGGGAAGGGCAGCUCGCAGGUUAUUCCAAGGAAGACCUGCUCUCAGGAUGGAAGGCUCGCGACCCAGCUCAGAUAUGGCCAAAUUUCGUGAAUAUUUCGCCAAGGCCAAGCAUGUCGUUGUGUUGACAGGUGCCGGAGUAUCUGCAGAAUCGGGCGUCCCAACCUUUCGAGGAGCCGGAGGAUUUUGGCGGACUUGGCAGGCUCAGGAUCUGGCCUCUCCCCACGCGUUCCGAGCAAAUCCGUCGUUGGUGUGGGAGUUCUACCAUUACCGCAGGGAGGUGAUGAGUACGAAAGAGCCUAACCCUGCACACAUAGCCAUUGCAGAAGCAGAAAAACGUCUUACUGCAGAAGGUCGCCGACUGGUUGUCAUAACCCAGAACAUAGACGAGCUCCACCGGAGAGCUGGAUCCAAAGAAAUCCUAGAGCUCCACGGAUCGCUGUUUCGUACUCGCUGCACCAACUGCCUUGAAAUUUUGGCCAAUAGGGACAGUCCUAUUUGUGCAGCGCUGGCAGGAAAGGGAGCUCCUGACCCGAAAGCUGAGGAUGCCAGAAUUUCGGAAGCAGAUUUACCGAGAUGCAAGUCAUGCUCUGGGCUGCUGAGACCAGAUGUAGUAUGGUUUGGUGAAGGCCUAGAUCCAGUAGUGUUGGCAAAGACAGACAGAGAGCUGGAUUCCUGUGACCUUUGCUUGGUGGUGGGCACCUCGUCCAUUGUCUAUCCAGCAGCCAUGUUUGCACCCAGUGUUGCCAGCCGAGGGGUUCCUGUGGCUGAGUUCAACCUGGAAUCCACACCCGCCACCGAUGCUUUCGGGUUUCAUUUUGAAGGACCAUGUGGCACAACACUUCCUGUUGCACUUGCACCAUAGUUAAGAAACUGAAUGAUAUAGUUUUUGUCCAUCAGUAUAUAAAUUAUCCACAAGCAGUAAUGGCCUGUGAUACUGCAUAUUACACAGCCAUAUAGGAAACAUUGUUCAGUACAACAUGACACGGAUCCAUCUAAGGUCAAUAUAAUUAUAGAAACUUUUGAUCCAGGGUUCCAUGUAGUGAGUCACUAGGCACUGGAUUCCUCCCACCAGGACAAUACAUGCGUCUUCCCUCCAAUGUGCCCAUGAGCGGAAAGACUAAAUAGAGAGCACUGCAUGCUAUCCCACCUGGAAACCUACAUAUCUCAUCCAUGGUAGAAAAAUGGCAUAAAUACCCCCUUGAAGGUUAUUGUAACUUGAUAUACCUAUUUCAGCCUCUUGUGCUCUACUCAUGUUGUUGGCUUGGAUUGUAUUUUGUUUUAUUUUUAAUGGUUUUACUCUUUUGAGACUUGCCAUUUCCCAAUUUUAUGAGUGUGAAGGAUAUGGAUAAAUCAUGGCUAGACUAAUGUUUUAUAUAUUGUUCUGUUGCUCCAUUUGAGGGGAAAAGGUGAAUAAAAUACAGAGCUCUGCUGAGGUACACGAGUAUAUUCUGGAGGAGUGUACAACACUACUGUUGCCAUAAGGGUUACAUAUGUAUGCAAUAUAUGUUGAGGGAUAUGUUAUUAAUAUUUUAAUAUGAAAUAAAUAGAACAUAUAAUUAUAAAUAAGAUAAUUAUGGUUGAUCAUAGGACAACUAAAGAACUGAUUUUUAUAAGUUUGCUCUAUUUGUGAAUAAAUAUAUAGUAUUUUG